UGAGAACUGAGGGUCUCUGGCUAUCAGUCGGAAAAUCAGCUGUUGGGAGAUCAUAUAAGCUUAGAGGAACCUCUACAGACAAGGAUACUGGGAAAGGAAAACUAAGCUUCCAAAGUGCCACUGAAACUGAGCGCAUCCAGGCAACAUGGACCAAACAUUUCGAGCAGUAACCCGCAGUCCUGGGAUUAUAAUCUGGAGAAUUGAGAAAAUGGAGCUGGUUCAAGUUCCUGAGAAAUCUUACGGAAGCUUUUUUGAAGGCGACUGCUACGUGCUUCUGUUUACCCAGAAGGUGGGCAACUCUCUGUCUUACAAUAUCCACUACUGGAUCGGCUCACAGUCCACUCAGGAUGAGCAGGGUUCUGCUGCUAUUUACACCGUACAGCUCGAUGAAUUUUUGGGCUCUUCCCCAGUUCAGUACCGAGAGGUCCAGGACCACGAAUCUGACACUUUCAAGGGCUACUUCAAACAAGGAAUAAUCUACAAGAAAGGUGGAGUUGCAUCAGGCAUGAGACACACUGAAACCAACACAUAUGAUGUGAAGAGACUGCUCCAUGUAAAAGGAAACAAAAGGGUGAUUGCCAAGGAGGUGGAGAUGAGCUGGAAGAGUUUUAACCUUUCAGAUGUGUUUUUGCUGGACUUGGGCAAGACCAUCAUUCAGUGGAACGGACCAAAGAGUAACAGACAAGAAAGGCUCAAAGGCAUGUUGUUGGCCCAAGACAUCCGAGACAGAGAGAGAGGAGGUCGUGCAGAGAUCAGAGUGGUGGAGGGUGAUGCUGAGAGCAGCUCUCCUCAGGCCAUGGAGCUCAUGACAGAGACACUUGGAGAAAGAACCGUAGCGCUGAAGGACGGACCUCCUGAUGAAGCAGUUGACCAGGAACAGAAGGGACAACUCACACUUUACCAGGUCUCAGAUGCAGACGGCCAGAUGAGGGUCACAGAAGUUGCUACGAGACCACUAGUUCAAGAUCUUCUUACCCAUGAUGACUGCUACAUCCUGGACCAGGGAGGGGUAAAGAUCUUUGUGUGGAAGGGGAAGAAAGCAAACAAAGAAGAAAGACAGGCUGCUAUGACCAGAGCUUUGGACUUCAUUAAAGCGAAAAACUACCCGAUCACUACAAAUGUGGAGACAGUGAAUGAUGGGGCAGAGUCAGCUCUCUUCAAGCAGCUGUUCCAAAGGUGGACUGUGAAAGACCAGACUCAAGGUCUGGGAAAAGUGAACACAAAAGGAAGGAUUGCUCAUGUCACACAGGAGAAAUUUGAUGCUUCAUUGAUGCACGCCCAGCCAGAGGUUGCUGCACAAGAGAGGAUGGUGGACAAUGGCACAGGUCAAGUAGAGGUGUGGAGAAUUGAAAAUCUGGAGCUAGCCCCUGUGGACCCCCAGUGGUAUGGAUACUUCUAUGGAGGAGACUGCUACCUGAUCCUCUACACUUACUUGGUUAACAACAAGAAGUGCUACCUGCUCUAUAUGUGGCAGGGGCGUCAUGCGACACAGGACGAGCUGGCUGCCUCGGCUUUCCAGGCUGUGAGCUUAGAUCAAAAGUACAAUGGAGAGCCCGUUCAAGUGAGAGUAACUAUGGGCAGGGAGCCGAGACACUUCAUGGCAAUUUUCAAAGGAAAACUGGUUAUCUUUGAAGGCGGCACAUCUAGAAAAGGAUCUUCAGAACCUGAGCCUCCAGUCAGAUUGUUCCAGGUUCACGGAACUGACCAGUUUAACACAAAAACCAUCGAGGUCCCAGCGCUGGCCACCUCUCUAAACUCCAGUGAUGUGUUUUUGCUCAAGAGCCAAACAGGAAUGUAUCUCUGGUGCGGAAAGGGAUCAAGUGGAGAUGAGAGAGCCAUGGCGAAAGAGGUCAGCUCAGCAAUCAGCCAGAACUCACCACGAGGCUCUGAAGAGAUUAUUGCAGAGGGUCAGGAGCCCAUUGAAUUCUGGGAACUGCUUGGGGGGAAAGCUCCCUAUGCAAGUGACAAGAGAUUGCAGCAGGUAGUUUUGGACCAUGAGCCACGCCUGUUUGAAUGCUCCAAUAAGACAGGGCGUUUCAUUGUGACUGAGGUGACUCACUUCAUACAGGAUGACCUCAGCGAGGAUGAUGUCAUGCUACUGGACACAUGGGACCAGGUGUUUAUCUGGGUCGGUAAAGACGCAAAUGAGGAGGAGCGCAAAGAGGCACUGACAACAAGCCAAGAGUAUCUGCAGACCCACCCGGGUGAAAGAGAUCCACACACCCCCAUUGUCUUGAUCAAGCAAGGCUUCGAGCCACCCACCUUCACUGGGUGGUUUACAGCCUGGGAUCCCACCAAAUGGAGUUCAGGAAAGAGCUAUGAGGAGCUGAAGAAGGAGUUUGGAGAUACAGCGUCACCUGUUAAUGUUACUGUUGCAGAGCAGAACGGUGGAAACAGUGUGAAAAGUUUUCAGUCUUUCCCACCUGAUGCUUUGAGAAACAAGCUUGCCAGCGAGCUGCCAGAAGGUGUUGACCCGAAACAGAAAGAGAAAUACCUCUCUGACUCUGACUUCACCACCGUCUUUGGGAUGACCAAAGAUGAGUUUGUGAGCUUGCCGCAGUGGAAACAGCUGAAAAUGAAGAAAGAAAAAGGAAUGUUUUGAGAUUUUUUUUCAGUAUUUGAAAUAAGUAGUUACUGAUAGAAGCCAGAUGUUGGGCUCUCUUUGUAUGAGCUUUCUUGCUUUUCAUGUUUUUUCACUUACUUGCGGAUAGGUUUCAGAUCUUUCUGUAAUGAAAUUUACAAUCAUGAGUCCAUUCGUACAUUUUAGUCAAAUCACUUUUUUUUCAAAACUUUAUUUUUGUAAUCUGUGCUGCCUUCGUGGAGUUAGCACUAUUUAGGAACUGAACUAUGAACCACAAUGGCUGUUCCCCUCGAACCCCGUAGGAGGCAACAGUUAGCUCACACGUCUUAUAUAACAAUAUUUAUCAGGAUAUCAUUAAGAAAAAUAAUGUGAUUUUUACAAGGUUCAAAGAAAUUAUUUAAAUAAAACCUCAGAUAAACAACAUUGCACUGUCAUUUAUUCAUCCAAUAAAACCUAAGAAUGUGAAAAAGUUCAUGUUUCAAUAGCUUGUAGAAACACUUUCAGCAGCAAUGAUAAUCAUUUUCUGUAUAACUUCUGUACAACUUUCCUUCUUGUGAAGGAAUUUUGGCCCAAUCUUCCUUACAGCAUUGCUUCAGUUCAUUGAAGUUUGAUUGAUGUUCUAGAUUGAUUUUUUUAUUGUGUCCCAACAUGUAAAAUCUUAAGACUUGGAUGAUGGUGCAUUUUCUUUUACCCCCAUAAUGGCCAAUACGGUGUUUAGAAUUAAACUGAAAACUAUUUAUAAAGAAGAAAGUAAUUAAAGUGAUUUACCUUGUUGAACCCGGAACAGCAACAAACUUUUGUAUCACUUACUUUGAAGUUACUCAUAAUGUGAAAGUAAAUAUGACCUGAUUUUUCCAUCUCUUGUGCAAAUAAUGAUGGAACACGAUGUGCUCAAAAUAAGUGAAGAAAAAAAUCUAUCCAUUGCUGCUUAUAGCUUUCAUUUGUAAACUGUGUUAUUUUAUGUGACUCACAGUCUGAAAAAGGGAAGGUGACCUUUACCUUUAGUGUACUAAAUAUAUAAUCAGUUAUAUGAUCGGUUAUGAGUCUCCUGAAAUGAGGUGUUUAACUGAUCAUAAGAGAUUUGAAAGAAGGCGUCAGCACGUUCCUUGAUAAUUAGGCUUGAAUGUCAAGCUGCUUAUUAAGUCAUUAUUUGUUUUUAAUCACUUUCUCCAUAUUUUAAACGCGAGUAAACAGAAAUGGCACAAAGCAUUACUCACUCAUUUUAAUAUGAUAUAAAUGUAUGGCAUUAACAUUUAAAUCUGAACAUCUAUUUCAAAGCCAAUGACAGAGCUGAAAAUAUUACAAACAGAAAAAAAGGCAUCAUACAUAAAAGUAAGGAUGUAUUUUCAGUACUUUUGUGUGAAAUUAAAGGAAAAAAAACAAUUUGGCCGCACAGCAACAUGUCAAAGGUCAUUUCCUUCCUUUUUUUUUUUUUUUUUUUUUUUUUUGUAUCACCACUAAAACUUGAAAAUGAACUGUCCAGCACCUGUGGGUGUUGGUGUUAUAAUUCAUUUGCCAUCACCUGACUGCUCAAGAACUGACCACAGUAUCACCACACGGCACUAAAAUAACAGUAACCUCCUAAACUUUUCUGGAGGGAAAACAGGUUUUAAGUGCAUUUGACAGUCGAUGCUACAGGUUAUAAAGAACUAGCAAAAGAGUACAAAGUCAACAACAUGUAUUAAAACCGAAAAUGAUACACAGCUAAAUGCAGCAACUUCAACAUAACCCGUGCAGAUAUAUUGUUCUGCUUCUGUCUUCCACAAGAGAUCUAUUUAUGAAUAUAUGCUUUUUUAAAAUCAUUAAAGUCCAGCCUGAUAUGUUCAAAACUUCAAUUAUUUGUCAACUUUGUUAAAUCGACUUUGUAAACUGGGGAAUAAAAGAAUGAUACGUGGUCUGCAAAGUAAACUGACACUGAAAAUCCCUUUUAAAAAGUAUUUGUAACAGCGAAUAAGACAUCAAAGUAUUAUUCUUUACAUGUAUUUGAUAGUUUUGCACACAAACACUCAUAAAUGACACAAACUUGAAUGCAUUUUGGAAAUCAGUAUACAUUCAUAGGUGCUCGUGCAGGCUACGGAUCAUAGAUGAAAGUGAGGAGUCUACUUUUGAUUCUGCCACAAUUAAAAAAAACAGAAAAGACAAGGCAUUAAAAAUUUUACAUACAAAGUGUUUUACAGCAAUGAAAGAGAUCUGAAGAGGCAACGUUCAGCAAGUUCCACUGCAAAUGUGCAAACAUGCAGUAUGUCCUUGCAGACAGACAAAAAAAAUCCAGCCUGCAGUGGUCAGCUCGUCAGGUCUGGCUGACACAUUUGGUUAAAAAAGGGAAUGUUGGCUUUAAUGUUAUCUGACAAAUAAAUGUCACAAUAUAAGAACUUUAAAAAGUGCAAAUGUAGCCAAAUCCAUUUUCUGUCUAUUCUUUUU